GCAUGCGAUGCGCCGCCUCUUCCGACACCGGCCGGAUACCUAACAUUCUGUCGACUCAAGCCCAUACGGCCCGACACACACCCACUACUUUGUAUGUGCUUACACACAACGUGUAGUCGGUAGUUGCGGAGGGAGGGUAUAGAUAAUAAGGGUACAGCAUUUGGCGGAACCCUUUUCUUAUCUUUCGCUUGUUGACUCCGCCUGAAUCUGCUGUUGUGCCUUCCUCCCCCUCCCAGGGUCCACCGACUGGAGAGGAAGAAGAAUUUGUAUCGUUCGACUGCCCUGAAUAAGGUAUACAUGUAUCCUGCGCCUGUUGCUUUCUUCUCUCUGUAACGACUAUUUUUGUAACACAACUCGAUAACUCGUGGUUUGCAGUCAUAUUGUCUGUCUCUCUCUCUCUAUUGCUCUCGGCUUUCCCUACCUCGUUGGCUAAAUAUAUCACCACUCCAAACACACAUAUCAUGGGUUCUAUAGUCGAAGCCAAGGGCCGUCUGGCGGGCAAGAAUGCCAUCAUCACAGGAGCUGCCGGUGGCAUCGGCCUCGAGACAUCGAUCCUCUUCGCCAGAGAAGGCGCCAGCAUCCUGAUGACGGAUAUCUCUGCGCCCGCGCUUGAGAAGGCGAAGGCCAAGGUUGCACAACUGGUGCCCAAUGCCGCCCGUGUCGAGACGACGGUCUGCGACGUCUCGAAAGAAUCCCAAGUGCAAGCUGCCGUCGAAUCCCUCGACUCGUGGGGCGGCAUCGACAUCAUCUUCAACAACGCCGGCAUCAUGCAUGCGCAAGACGACGAUGCUGUGGGCACGCCUGAGAACAUUUGGGACCUCACCAUGAACAUCAACGUCAAGGGGGUGUGGUUCGGGUGCAAGCACGCCGUGCUCUCGCUGCGCAGGCACGGCAAGAACAAGGGAAGCAUCAUCAACACGGCGUCCGUCGUGGCGCUCGUCGGCUCGGCUACGCCCCAACUGGCAUACACGGCGUCCAAGGGUGCCGUCCUGGCCUUGACGCGCGAGUUGGCCAUUGUCCACGCCCGUGAGGGUUUCCGAUUCAACAGUCUAUGUCCGGCACCCCUGAACACCCCCCUGCUGCAGGACUGGCUGGGCGAUGACGUGCCCAAGCGCAUGCGCCGUGAGAUCCACUUCCCCGCAGGCCGCUUUGGCGAGGCUGUCGAGCAAGCUCAGGCGGUGUUGUUCUUGGCCAGCGACGAGGCCAGCUUUGUCAACGGUCACGAGAUGGUGGUCGACGGCGGCAUGACCAAGGCCUACGUCACGCCCGAGGGUGCGCCGACGGUGCCGCCUGUCAACAAUGCGUCCAAGGAUAAGCUGUGA